AUGCCUAUACUGUUUAUUAGUAAUAAUGGACAAGUAACUCUUCAUUCGGAUUCUAACGGUGAAAAUGGAUAUUAUUUGGUACCUGAGACUUCUGAAUUCUUGGAGGAGGAAAAUUAUAAUGAUAAAAAUUACAACAAAAAUUCAAUAAUAAGUAAUUCAUUACAUAGGGAAACAUUAGUAAAUAUAAAUGUAAAAAAUGAUGUAUUAGAGGAUUACAUGGAAGUUUGCAUUACAUACAAAUGCAGGGAAUGUGCUUACAUUUCAAACGAUCAAAAAGAAUUUCAUCAACAUUGCUUGAAACAUUUACUAUUGGAAAAUUCUGUUACAAACAAUAUAUCUGAACAAACAGCUUAUGUAUACAUUUGCAGCAAUUGUAGUAAACCUUUUAACAGUUCUGAAGAAACUAAAGAACACAUGAUUCAGGCUCACAAUUAUCAAAGUGAUGUUUUUGGUUGUCAUGAAAUCCCAGAAACAAUUAAAACGAUAAAUAUUUCAAUAGAGACUGAACAACAACAUUCAAAAGUUAAAAAAGUAUUCAAUAAAAAGAAGAGAAAAAUGAAUGAAAUCAUUCAAAGCAUUGAUCCUGCAGGAAAUAUUAAUAAUUUAAAUUAUUUUUGUAGAAAAAGAAACUGUAAAUAUAAAUUUACAACUGAAAAUGAUUUAAGUAUACAUGAAAAAUGUCAUUUGGAUUCAGAAUUAAACAGUGGAAAUAAAAGGUUAUACCAGUGCUUUGAAUGCAAUGAACUUUUUAACAGUUGGCACAGUUGUUCUUCUCAUUUGUACAAAGUUCAUAAAAUCGAUUGUGAUCUUUUAAAAUGCCCCAUUUGUGAGACGUACAGAACCUCUCUUCCUCUUCGAUUAGAAAAUCACAUUCGAAUUCACAGUGACGUCAGAGCUUUCACAUGUAAAUAUUGUGGUAAAACUUUUAAACAGGCAUCUCAAUUAAGGAAUCACAUAAUUGUCCAUGCUGAUAAAAAUGGAGGGCAUAAACCUAAUUGGAGUAAAUCUAAACAGUGCAAUAUUUGUUUCAAAAUGUAUUCAGAUUCAAAAAGUUUAAAAAAACAUAAAGAAGAAGUACACAGCAAGCUCAGGCCUUUUGUUUGCAGCAUAUGCGGUCAUGCAUCAGCCAGAAAAGCCAUGUUACUCAUGCAUCAAAGACAACAUACUGGCCAAAAACCGUACAAGUGCCAACUAUGCAUUUUUAGAACAGCAGAUCAUAAUUCUUUAAGAAAACACAUGAUGAGACACACAGGUGUUAGACCAUACAAAUGCCCACAUUGCGACUACACAGCUAUUCAAAGUGGCUCGUACAAAAAUCACAUGAAAAUAGUUCAUCCCAACAUGGAAGGAAUAUACGUUUGUAACGUUUGUAAUUACCGAACGAUAUCCGAAGAUAAUUACAUACGACACAUUUCGGAUCAUUUGACAGGUUUGAUAAAAGACAAAGAGAGCGAAGAAAAGGAAAAAGAUUGUCAAAAAUCUUCUCAAUCAAUAACUUUUCUCGGUGGUGGUACAAUUUUUGUCAAUCAAAAUAAUACGGUCAACGACCAGGAAUCAAUGGAUUCUUCAAAUGAAUACAUCGGGGAAAAUGAAGAACAUGCAACACUGGAAGACGUGGUGGAUAAUGGCGGCAUCACAAUUCCUGCAGAAUUAACAGAGUCAAAUUUGAACAACGAUGGAACAAUUUUAUAA